AUGGCGUUCUUUUUGCGACGCCCGUUCGCCGUUCCUACGGCGCUUCGGCAAAUCUCCAAACCUGCGAAUAGCGCCCGUUUCAUCCACAACACGCCCUUCAAGCCCCAGUCUAAGCCUACCGGUCCCAUCUCCAUCUUCGCAAAGUCCCGUCAGACCUUCCAAAAUGCUUUCCGUCGCACCUACAUGCAGCCUUCCUACAAUGUUCAGGGUGGCAACAUCACCCAGAAGCUGAUCUACGGCGCCACCAUCAUUGGUGGUACUAUCCUGGCUACGAACUUCAUCUUCAACCGCGAAACCAGAGAGGAUGGUGGCAUGCCUCCGUUUGAGCGCAGCUACCUGAACGAGACGUUUAUGCACACUGGACUUGGUAUUGGUAUCAUUGGUAUUGCUGCUCGCGCUCUGCACACCAACGGAUGGUCUUACCGUUUGAUGGCUGCUAGCCCCUGGGCUGUCAUCGGUCUUGGUCUGGUUGCCAGCGUCGGAACUAUGUAUGGUACUCUGUACACGAACCCUGACAACUACGUCAUGAAGUAUGGUCUCUGGGCCGCUUUCAACGUCACUCAGGCCGCGCUCCUGUCUCCCCUGAUGUUCAUGCACCCGGCUAUUCUUGCUCGCGCUGGUCUUUACACCGCUGGAAUGAUGGGUGCCAUCGCUUUCGUCGGUGCCACUGCUAAGCAGGAGAAGUACAUGUACCUUGGUGCUCCUCUGCUCGCUGGUGUGACCAUUGUCGCUCUCUCCGGUUUCGCUCCUCUUGUUCUCCCCGCUACUGCCACCCGCGCUCUGAUGUGGUCUGAGAAGAUCUGGCUGUACGGUGGUCUCGCUGUCUUCGGUGGUUUCACCCUCUAUGAUGUCCAGAAGAUCCUCCACCACGCUCGCAUGGCUCAGAGAGGCUUGGUCCGCAAGGAUGUCGUCAACGAGAGUAUCAGCCUUGAGUUGGACUUCAUCAACAUCUUCGUCCGUAUGGUCCAGAUCCUGGGCAUGCGCCAGAACAACCGGAGGUAA